AUAGUUGGCAAGUACUGAGACCUUCUGCCUUGCUGACUAAGCUAUAAAUGUGAAGAAGCUUAUUGGAAAAUCAGUAGUAACAUUGCCCACAUUCGCAUCGAAAGAUUCGAGCAAUGGCUUGCAAAUUUAGCGCUUCGCAAACAAAUCUGCUGUCUUUAAUGAUCUUUUGUUUAUGGAUCGCGACAGCUGUGACCUUGAAUGAAAGGCUUGAACAAACCUUCCGCCACCCCGAUUGCCCACUUGCCGACGAUCCUAUGCACCCAAUACACUUGCCUUACCCCAGCGAUUGCCACAAGUAUUACACUUGCAAAAAUGGGUAUGCCUACGCAAUGCUGUGUCAGAACGAGCUACAAUGGAGUGUGACAACCUAUCGCUGUGAUUUUCCUUCCGUCGCGAAAUGUAAUAACACUCAUCCCAAUCCAAUUGAUACAACCUAUGGUGGCGCAUUUCCCGCAUCGGAAGGCGUUAUAUUCAAGACAGAUGCCAAGGAUUGCAACAGGUUUUACAGUUGUAUGCCGAUGCGUUGCCCUCGCUCCCAGCAUUGGAAUGGAAUGUUAAAUCGCUGUGAUUCACCACAAAAUACCAUUUGCGAUGCUUCUGCACAAAUGUGGACGCAACCACCAUUCAUAGAUAAUUCAAUACCGACCGCUGCAACACCUCCAGCAUAUGCUAACGGUGAACUAUUGCCCGCCUCAAUCGCGCCAGCUUACGAAGACGAGCCCGCGCGCUUAUUGACCUUAUGUAGUACACCCGGCGUUGAUUAUGUACGUCACCCGUAUGACUGUCAUAAAUUCAUCCAAUGCGAUGGCUUUGCUACGGUGCAUACCUGCGCGAAUAAUCUUUACUGGAACUCGGAAGUAAUGGCAUGCGAUCGGUAUUGCAAAUAAUAAUAAUAUUGUACUUAUGUAUGUGGUUAUGUGCAUUUCUAUUUUAUCAUAAAUAUAUGUAUAUUUUAUUGUAUAAAUCUUCAAUGAAAAUUGUUUUACUUAUAAACUUAUAUAUUUUACCCGAAUUUAUAUUAAAGGAAUUG